AGUCGGACACCGCGCUAUGGGCCGGACACCGGGGUUCCUGCUCGCCACGGCCUGCUGGGCCCUGCUCUGGGGGGCGGCGGCGGCGGCAGACAGCUGUGCAGAUAUUAAAACCUGCAAUGACUGUGUUAAUACUACUGGAUGCGAGUGGAUUCAGUGCAACGGUUCAAACUUUUCUUGUGCAAAUGCAACAGGACUGAACUGUACUACUAUUUCAGAGUGUUUUUAUUCAUCUACUGCUGCUACCACAGUUGCUAAUGCUACCACAGCUGCUACUGCUACCACAGUUUCUCUCUACAAAACAGGUAACAUCACCAAUACAACUUCAUCUACUGCUUCAAGUACUCCAGUUCUCUCAACAAUCAGUACACCAGGUACAACACAUGCUACUGAGAGUCCCCCUAAACCAGCUCCUCACAAGUCUACAUUUGAUGCGGCCAGUUUCAUUGGUGGGAUUGUCCUUGUACUGGGUCUGCAGGCUGUAAUCUUCUUCCUGUAUAAAUUCUGCAAGUCCAAAGAUCGAAACUAUCACACUCUCUAGAACCUGUCAUUUUACAAUGGACUAGUAGCCCAACACCUGUAGUUCACUGAACCAAAAUAUAUUCUCUGUCCUGUAUGGAACACCACCGUUCAGAAUAUCCUUUAAACUCCAAAAGAAGACUUUUUGAAAGGAUGAUAUUUUUGUAACACUGUACUUGGCAAGAGGUGGUAUGAAUCGUCUCUUGCUCAGAGGUACUCAACAUGCUGCAUGAGUCCUUGUGAUUAUCUUAUUUUUUUAGUGGCUGCAGCUGUGGGACUUUUUUUUUUUUUUAAACUUGACAUGCCAAAUGUAAACUUACAAUGAUUCUUGUAUUCAGUGGUAACGGUCUUGAGUAGACAAUCUCCUCAUGAUGAUUGUGGAGGCUGAUUUAAUCAACCAUAAGUGCAGUAUCCCUAUAAUUUUAUAAAUGACUGACUUCUGGGAGUGAAAUAUCAUUUGUGCUAGCUUGUGGCUCUUGUAGUGUACUGCGAGGAAGGUUAACAAAGGUUUUGUGGAAGUAGAAGCUGUCUUAAAAUAUCCUCCUUGGAUGAAAAUAAUACCAAACCCAUAUUUUUCUACAUGAGAAUUAAAGAUGCCAACCAGGAAUUGUAUUGCACAUCUUAAUUUCUUAAAUUUGGCCUUUUCAGUUGUUAUAACUGGAAGGGUGGUGAGAAUAUUUCUCCUCCAUGUAAGAGGAAAUAAAGUCCAGUGCCUUAAAGAAUAAAAAGGUAGGUUGCAAAUUCAAA